UGAACAACCUGAUUUGUACCUAGUUGAGUCUUGUCGAAGUAUCGGACUAAUUCGUAUUGACGACAAUCGUUAUUUAUUCGUAUAUUUAAAACUUAUAUAAAGCUAGGACUAUUGUUGCAAGAUAGGUGUAUAUAUAUAUAUAUAUACAUAUAUAUAUAUUUCAAUUGUAACUUAUUUAGAUAGGACCUUUCUAAACUUUAAACUGGCAGUUUAUAAAGUGCAUACAUUAAAGUAACAUGCUAACCUACGAUAUAGUGUAACGUUAAACUUAAAUUGAAAAAAAAAAUGUUUAUCUACCUUUUUUAUUUUAUAAAUAUACGGACUUUAAAAAGUCACUAAACUGAUGCUACAAUAAUAUUAAGGUUUAUUAAUAAUACAAUAUUUAUCAAGUUCUUUCGUGUGGUUGUUAUAUAUGAUGGUUAAUAUAUGAAGGAUAUACUUUUGUGAUAUUACAAGAAUCAUUUUUGCUAAACUAUUUCAUUCAGUCGACUUUUGUUUGCAAAAGAUAGAUUGUAUAUUCUGUAUACAUAAGUGAUUGAAGAUUGAGUAUUUUGUUGCUAGAUGGUAAAAUUACCAAAUAAUAUUGCUUUGCAUUUAUUAGAAGGAAAUUCAAGUGUUGCAUUUAAGCGGUGGUACUUUAUCCACCACGGCUUUUACAGAGAUGGUUGGAUUGGCGGGCGGGGGAGGUCACCUUUAUCCCUCGCCCCCAAUGCAACCUAAUCCAGAACUUAGAGAAAUGUCCGGAAUUGCACCUAGUGCUCCGACAAGUGCGGAUGCUUGUUUAAGUAUUGUGCAUUCUUUAAUGUGUCAUCGUCAAGGUGGUGAAAGCGAAGGAUUCAGUAAACGUGCUAUUGAAUCAUUGGUGAAAAAGCUUAAAGAAAAGAGAGAUGAGCUAGAUAGCCUAAUAACAGCAAUCACUACGAAUGGAGCACAUCCCAGCAAAUGUGUUACUAUACAAAGAACGCUUGAUGGCAGGUUGCAAGUUGCUGGACGUAAGGGUUUCCCACAUGUCAUUUAUGCACGGAUCUGGAGAUGGCCAGAUUUACAUAAAAAUGAAUUAAAACAUGUGAAAUAUUGUCAAUUUGCUUUUGACUUAAAGUGUGAUUCAGUAUGCGUGAAUCCUUAUCACUAUGAAAGAGUUGUUUCACCUGGCAUAGGGGUUGGUUUCCCCCGCACAGACCCAUUCUUUGCAGACCUGUCUGGAUUGUCGCUGCAACCAGGAGUAGGUGUUGGACCGGGCAACAGAUUGGUCAAAGAUGAAUAUACCGUUGGGGGUGGUGGAUCAGCUGCUGCCGGGACAAUAGGAGCGGCUAUGGAUGUUGAUGGUGAAAUGAAUCAAACUAUUCAACACCAUCCGCCUGCACAACCACCUACAGCAAAUAACACACCACAACCUCAACAAGGUUUCAUACCAGGUUUAGCACCACCUAAUCCAACUAAUGGUGAGGGUAUAUUUGGCAAUAGUGGGGGAGGGAAUAGUGGUAACCCCCACACUAAAUUGGACGACAAUAAUUGUCCUAGGCAAACUUGGAUUCCUACACCUCAUCACUCUUCGACACAUAACAUACAUCAUCCAGUAGUACAUCCAAUGAGUCACACCGUAGGUAGCCAGCAGCAGUCAAUAAAUGCAGCCAGUGGAAACAACAGUACCCAAAUAUUGAGUCCACCUCAGGGACAAUCAACAGAUACAUUUUAUGGAACCACCCCUCCUCAAGAUAUUAAUCAACCGUCAACAAACGUUGAGGCCUUAGCAGCUUCCUUAGGCGAAAGUCAAAAUUCUCCAGUGUCGCCUGUACAUCUUCAUCAUUCAAAUGGAUUUACCGUUGGCACAGCAACGAAUUCAUAUAAUUCCGGAGCUCCACAAUGGACAGGAGCUAAUACACUUACUUACACACAAAGUAUGCAACCUCCAGAUCAUAGACAUCUUCACGCUACAUCUUACUGGGCUAGUCAUGGUGGAGACGUUGCUGGAAAUAUUGGUGGAUUAUUGUCUACGCAACCAGCUCCUGAAUAUUGGUGUUCUGUUGGUUAUUUUGAACUAGAUACACAAGUAGGAGAAACUUUUAAAGUAAGCAGCGGUUGUCCAACAGUUACAGUCGAUGGUUAUGUAGAUCCAAGUGGAGGUAACAGAUUCUGUUUAGGGGCAUUAAGUAAUGUACACAGAACAGAACAAAGUGAAAGGGCACGUCUACAUAUAGGAAAAGGAGUAGUGUUAGACUUAAGAGGCGAAGGGGAUGUGUGGUUAAGAUGCCAAAGUGAGCAUAGUGUUUUUGUACAGUCUUAUUAUUUAGACAGAGAAGCUGGUCGAGCACCUGGAGAUGCGGUACAUAAAAUAUAUCCUUCUGCAUAUAUUAAGGUGUUUGAUUUGCGUCAAUGCCAUAAACAGAUGAGAGGACAGGCAGCUACAGCGCAAGCUGCUGCUGCCGCACAAGCUGCUGCUGUUGCUGGUCAUCUUACGCAUGGAGCACCUAUAACUAAAAAUUUAAGUGCAGCUGCUGGUAUUGGAGUGGACGAUCUUCGACGACUUUGCAUCUUACGUUUAAGUUUUGUGAAAGGUUGGGGUCCUGAUUACCCAAGGCAAAGCAUAAAGGAAACUCCAUGUUGGAUUGAGGUACAUUUGCACAGAGCUCUUCAAUUGUUAGACGAAGUAUUACAUACUAUGCCAAUUGAUGGUCCACGUGGUAUUGAAUAAUUUUACAUACAUUUUGAUAAUAUACGAAAAGAAAAGAAGAACAAAGGUCACAAUGUUAGAGAUGUGAUGAUGUGCAAAAUAUACAUUAUGUAUGUAGAGGGACUUUUUAAUAUGCAACACAUUCUUAAGAUUUUAAAUUGAAAUAAUUAAAUUUCAUUGAAACAAGUGUUGGAGAAAAAAAAAAAAGAAAGAAGAAAAACGAAACAGAACAGAAAAAAAUUGAGUUUAAAAUACCAAUUAAAAUUCGUCUCAAUGGUUUACAGUAUAUACAGAGCGAGUCAGCUAAGAUCGACCACUCGAAUGAAUAAUUUCUACAUUAAAAUUGUAUUGUAAUUUAUAAACUUAACUGACUCACCCUAUAUAUGUUAUUAAAUUAUAGAAAUAAAAUGUGUGCCACGGCCUUGUACUAUUUCAAUCAAUGUACAAAACUUAAACAAAAAGUGACAUUAUUAUUUUUGAAUCAAAAAGUUAUAUUUUACUCUGACGAAAUGCAUCUGCAAAAGAAAAUAAAAAGAAAAAGAAUAAAAAUAAAAAUGUAUUUUAGUAGACAUUUGGUCUCUCUUAUUAUAUAAAGCUGAAAUUAUUUAAAAAAAAAAAAGAA